UCAACACUUGUAGUGUUAUACGGAGUGAAAAUGCAACGUGUGUUUGUGUAUGGGACUUUGAGGAAAGAUCAGCCGAAUCACCACCUAAUAUCGAGUGGUAUCCAGUCAGGGGAUUGUAAGUUUGAAGGGUUGGGACUAACUGAGACGAAAUACCCGCUCGUUGUGGCGACUCGCUUCAAUGUUCCAUUUUUAUUGGAUGCACCAAAUGUACCUAACGCUCAUAAUGUGGAAGGAGAGGUAUACACUGCUAACGAGAAGAUGAUGGGUAUUCUUGAUGGACUUGAGAGACACCCCGAAUUCUACACUCGCUGUGAAAUUCCUAUUCUUUUUAAUGAUAAACCCGAGAAGGCGUGGUGUUAUCUAAUGCAGAAAUUUCGACAACCUCUUCUAGAGUUACCGUUCAACCGGAAAUAUGAUUCCAAAGAGCAUGCGCCGUACUUGAGUGGUGAAAAGCGACCAAUAGGAGAAGAAGCCAGGCGGAAGUUCAUGGCGGAGAUAAAAGAAAAUUUAUAAUGGAGGCGUAGUUCUUAGUUUUAACCAGAUGUACUAGUCAGUUAUUAAAGUUACAAUUUAAUAUGAUCCCAAAGAGCAUUUGCCAUACUUGAAUGGUGACAAGCAACCAAUAGAAGAAAUGAGACGGAAGUUCAUGGCGGAGAUAAAAGAAAAUUAUAAUG